CCCCGGUACAACGCCAUCAGCAGGGGACACUGUGCUACAGGAAGAGGAUCGUCCGAGAGCAUGGGCAGCGACCCCGACACCACAUCCCGAGUCAGAGACGAUGAAUAAACUGCGGCGCUUCACUGUAUCAAAACUGGCUGUGACUGUCAUCAGAGUGACCUUGAGGUCAAAGAGCGCAGCUCAAAGACCCUCAGCUCCUCUAGGUUCACGUCUUCUGACCGAUCCCGACGACGUCUUCAAGCACAACAUGUGGGACCAUGUUCAGUGGACAGAAGAAGACAAAGAAAAUGCCAAGCAGAUGAUAGAAGAAAAUUCCCGUGUACAAGUUUCUUUAAAGGAACAAGGUAAAUUUGACACAGAAGCUUGUCAUUACUGGGACAAGUUUUAUGAGGCCCACCAGGAUAAAUUCUUCAAAGAUCGCAGGUGGCUGUUUCUGGAGUUCCCAGAACUGCUUCCCACUGGUGCAGUGAGGCAGACCACCAGCACCUGUUACAAUCCAGCACCAGCAUCCAGCUCAGACCCAGAGGCCGGCCGCCAUCAGGGCAGCAAACCAGCUGAAAAUCACAGAGAUACAGACAUUUAUUCAGACGCAUCCUGUGAAAUCGCAACAGCAGGACAAAAUGGAGCUGCUACUUUUCCUGGACAGCAAGCGUCUUUCAGGAUCUUGGAGGUUGGAUGUGGGGUUGGUAACAGUGUAUUUCCCAUUCUGAAGAACAUCAAAGGAACCGACUCCUUUUUAUACGGUUGUGAUUUUUCUCAACGUGCCAUUCAGCUGAUUAUGGACCAUCCGGAUUAUGACGACUCCGUGUGUCAUGUUUUUGUCCAUGACCUUUGUGAAGAGGCGGCCUCCUUUCCCUUCCCUCCUCGGAGCCUGGAUGUUAUUCUGGCAGUCUUUGUGCUCUCCUCUAUUCACCCAGAGCGAAUACAAGGUGUUGUAAACCGACUGUCUGCGUACCUGAAAGAUGGCGGGGUGUUCCUCUUCCGUGAUUAUGGCAGAUAUGACCUCUCACAGCUCAGGUUUAAGAAGGGACAGUGUUUGUCAGAGAAUUUCUACACGCGUGGCGAUGGAACCUGUGCUUAUUUCUUUUCUAAAGAAGAGGUUCAUGAUUUAUUUUCCAAAGCUGGACUGGAGGAAGUUCAGAAUCUGGAAGACAAACGGCUACAAGUGAACCGAAGGAAGAAGGUUGUGAUGCGGCGGGUGUGGAUGCAGAGCAAAUACAGGAAAUCAUCUCCACCAUCCUGACAGCUAGCACUGCUUCUCUGUUUAUGAAACUGUAUGUCUUUUUUAUAUUUUGUUACAAUCCUGAUGGUGGGUAUAAAGUAUACAUCGACACAGCAAUAAACAUGUGCAAAGAACUGUGAA